ACACUAUUCGCAAGGCUUGCCAAUUCAGGAAAUAUGUUGUGUGAGUCCAUGCCGCUGUCAACCGAGCUCAGAAAGUAAGAUUGAGAUCUUGAGAAUCAAUUAUAAAUUUGUCAAUGCCAACGUUCUAAAACGUCUCACUCGUAUGCCGGUCGCCUUACGUACCAGAACGUCCAUUGCAUGCAAGAUGACGGCUAAGCUAGUCCUUCCCCUGCUCAGCGUGUUCGCGCUGUACGCCAUCUUCUACUUCGCCGAAAUCAAUGGCUUGAAUCGUCUGGCACAGGAAGCCAUCUCGGCAAAGACACUGCCAGGCAGCAACGAGCCUCUGCGCACCGUCUACACGGGUAUUGCGCAGGUGGAUAAUGUGCUGGCUGCGUUGACCACCUUUUUCUGGCCUGCCACGGAUGGCAGUAAUCCUACCCUGACGCUGCAUUCCGUCGCCUUCUCUGGCACCUUUGGUGCUGCCUGGACGCUCGUGACUCUGGAGUCCUGGAGACGUGGAAAUGCCUGGACGAUCGCUGCAUUUCCCACGAUCUUCGGCCUCCUAGCGCAGGUACUCACCUUCGCCUUCGCCACGCCCCUGUACUGCGCUUUCCAGCUGUACAGCUCCGUCACCGCGCGCAACCCUAAUGCUGAGAACAUCCGCAUUCCUCGCACAGUUCUGAAUGCCAUCCCUCUGGUCUUUAUCCUUGGAUUCAUGGUUCCUACAUUGCUGAUGAUUCUGCCUGUUUCGGAGCAAGUCACCGUCGACAUGAAGCAGAUCUUCAUUGCCUCCUGGCAUCCCUGGCCGGCAUACGUUGCGAUUGCUCUCACCAUAAUCAACUUUGUCUUCGGUCCCUUUGUGAGCAAUGAUCGGUCGGUUGAAGGUGAGCGAGCGAAUCUCCGGUCGCUGCGAUUCGUGUAUGCCUUUGCAUUCGCCAACGCUGCGUUGACCCAUCUCAUCUCGUGGAUCGUCUCUCUGGCUACUGUGCUUGCACCCCUCAUUUUUGAGAAGCGGCUGUUAGCGGCUUUGCAUCCGUUCAAGGUGUUCCAGAUUGCCUUGCCCUGGACAAAGCCAGCAUUGCAAGUGAGCGACAUCGGGGAGGGUGUACAUGUGUUCCUGCGCUGGGAUUAUCUGAUCGGCUCCGCGGGCGUGCUGGUUUGGGCCUUGAGUCUGUAUAAAACUGCUCAUCUGGUUGUUUAUGGCAAGGUUGGAUGGCUUGAUUUGCUAAAGAAGGUCGUGUUAUUGGUGACCCUGUUGAUGUGGGAACGCGAUGAGUUGAUCAUCUAUGAGACUGGAGGUAUGAAGAAGACAUCACGAGAGAAGAAAACUUCUUGAUUGUAUUUGUGUUCUGUGGUGGGUUCUCCGUGAUGUUCAUGGGGUUCAUGUUCUGGCUGGACCUGAGAUACUAUCAGCAAUUGAAACCGGUGAAAAGUCUU